GACAGUGCGGAAUAGCGCUGCGCCGGAGGGUUGUAUAGCUGCAGACUUUUUGAUGUAGCUUUGAGCUGGCGGAGGGUGACAAAGGAUUCCACAACCCAUUCCGCUGGACUGUGCUUGCCACGGUUAUCCUCAAUUGAAAAUAUUGUGUUCAAAUAAAAGGAUGCAAUGGAUGGCCAUUGAUAUCCAUGGGGAUAUAUGGUGGUGAAAUUGACUGGUCUGUCUUUGUUGAGGGAAUUUUUCUGGAAGGUGAUAUCGCAACGAUGGUGUGUCAGACGUUCAGAAGUUUACAAAGAGGCGAUGUCAGUGCUCCUUUGCUUGCUGUGACGGUGCUUGGGGUUCUGUUCGCAGGGAUGCAAGAAACCACAGCAUUUCCCACCUGGAGAAUAGAGAAGCUCACACCUCCGGUGUGUUGAUGAUUGGGAUUCGUAAAGAUGCUCACUCGCAGGUUCUCCACCUCUCCAGGAACAAGCGCUACACCUUCACCCCCGAGAAACUAAAAUGGGACAAGUUCAAGCUCACAUACAAGCUGCUCUCUUUCCCAAGGAACCUGAUGAAUGCCAGUGACACUCGACGGGGUAUCGCCAAAGCCUUCACUAUGUGGAGUGACGUCUCACCCUUCAGCUUUAGAGAGGUUCCCGCUGACCAGGAGGCAGACAUCAAGAUAGGCUUCUACCCCAUCAACCACACCGACUGUCUGCAGUCCUACUUGCACCACUGUUUUGACGGCAUUACUGGCGAACUGGCCCACGCCUUCUUCCCCCCGACGGGGGAGAUCCACUUUGACGACCAUGAGUAUUGGAUUCUGGGAAACAUGCGCUUCAGCUGGAAAAAAGGGGUGUGGCUGACAGACUUGGUCCACGUAGCGGCUCAUGAGAUCGGCCACAUCCUGGGCCUCAUGCACUCCCUGAACCCUAAGGCCAUCAUGCACCUGAAUGCAACUCUGACCGGGCGCAAGAUCAUCACACAGGAUGAGGUGUGGGGCCUGCACCGACUCUACGGAUGUUUGGAUAGAUUAUUUAUCUGUCCAGCCUGGGCGCGGAAAGGCUAUUGCGACAGUAAGCGCAAACUCAUGCAGAAGCACUGCCCCUCCAGCUGUGAUUUCUGUUACGAGUUCCCAUUCCCCACUGUGGCCCCCACCCCCACACCCCAACGGACCAAACAUAAGCUGGUGGCUGAGGGGAAGAAGCUCACCUUCCGAUGUGGGAAGAAAAUUGCAGCUAAGAAAGGCAAAGUAUACUGGUACAAGGACGGAGAGCUUCUGGAGUACUCCCACCCUGGCUACCUCUCCCUAAAGGACGACCACAUCAGUAUUGUGGCCAAUGCGAUCAACGAGGGCACAUACACCUGCAUCGUGAGGAAAAAGAACAAGGUCCUCACCAACUACUCCUGGAGGGUACGUGUGCGCUUCUGAGGGCAUUGCCACUCUCUGCACACAGAAGCACUGGGUAUUAGCACAGAGACCGACCACACACACAUGACCACAGAAGAAUAAUUCCUAGAAAAUAAGUCCCUCAGACCACAGCAAUUUCACUGCACCCUCUUGGGUACACUCAAAAUGGCCACCAGUCCACCCAUUGACUUGAAUGUGGAUGUCCGUUCUAGGAAUUAUAUUUCCAUGCACACGUUCGCUCACACAAACAUUGCUUGGUCAAAUGGGGACUGCACUCACUUGGGCACAUAUUUUAAUGUAUGUACGUUCUAUUUCUAAACAAUCAUGUUAUGUAAAAAAAAAAAAUGUGCACAAUAAACAUUUCUGUGAUCAUUAGUAAAUUGAAUAUUGAUGUAAAAUGA